AUGGGAAAACUCAUUCGCUUGGAGCUUUUCAACUUCAAGUCCUACAAGGGACACCAUGUGCUCCUAUUCGGAGAUGCAUACUUUACGUCAAUUAUCGGACCGAACGGGUCUGGAAAGUCCAACUCGAUGGAUGCCAUCUCGUUCGUUCUAGGAAUUAAGUCGUCCCAUUUGCGAUCAACCAACCUCCGCGAUCUCGUUUACCGCGGGCGUGUCCUGCGCACAUCCAAAGUCGAUGGAGAGCCUGCAGCGGAAGGCGAGGAUGUCGAGCAAGAGGAGGACCCAGACAACAUGGAUUCCACCCAGGACGCUGCGGUCAAAGACCCGAAGACCGCUUGGGUCAUGGCUGUCUACGAAGAUGAUGCGGGCGAGGAGCAGCAAUGGCGCCGAUCUAUCACCAGCCAAGGUGUCAGCGAAUACCGUAUUAACAACCGGACCGUAUCCGCCCAGCAAUACAACGAGGCUCUCGAGGAAGAAAACAUCUUGAUCAAGGCGCGCAACUUCCUGGUUUUCCAAGGGGAUGUUGAAGCGAUUGCAUCUCAGUCUCCUCGUGACCUUACACGGCUGAUUGAGCAGAUCUCUGGCAGUUUGGAGCACAAGGCCGACUACGAGAAAUUCAAGGCCGAGGCGGAGGAAGCCGCAGAGCAGCAGACCGUUCAGCUCAAUCGUCGACGAGGCAUCAACUCCGAGGUCAAGCAAUACCAGGAGCAGAAGCGCGAAGCUGAGAACUAUGCCAAAAAGGCCGAGGAACGUGACCAGGCUAUUAUCACUCACAUCCUAUGGAAGCUGUUCCACUUCCAGCGCUUGAUUGAUGAUUCUAGCGCUGAUAUCCAGAAAUACCAGGAUGAGCUCAAGGAAUAUCGCCGCGGUGUCGAGAAGUACGAAAAGAACGUCGAAGACGCCAAAAAGGACCAUGCUCGAGUUGGUAGGGACGUCGGAAAGGCCGAGAAAAACAUCACCAAGAAGGAGCGCGAGAUUGAAGAGCUCAACAAUUCGCUCGUUCCUGUUGAUGAGAAGAUCGAUAUCACCCAAAAGAAGGUCGAAAGAUACUCUUCGAAGAUUGAAGAAAUCGGCAAGGAGCGCACAUCCCAAUCCAACAACGGCAAGAACCUUGAGAAGGACCUCAAAGUUGUUGAAAAGGCCCAGGCUCAAUGGGAAGCAGAGUGGCAGAAGACGAUGAGCAAGAAGGGCGGCCAAUUGAGCGAAGCCGAUCAACAGGAAUAUCACAAGCUUAGAGAAGAGGUUAACCGACGUUCAUCUGCGGAUUCAUUGAACCUCGACAACCUCCGCCGCCAACGAAAGACGGAAGCCGAAGCUGUCAACAGUCUGAAGGGCAAGUUCGAAAACACCGAGUGGCAGCUGAAGACCUUUGAAUCUGAGGCGCAGAAAAUGGGCGAGCGCAAGACUUCUCUCAACGAUACCAUCAAGACGACCUCCAAGGACAUUGACCGCAAGAAGAAGGAGCUGAACGCAUUGACCUCAGAACGGUUGAAGGUUUCGCAAAUGCGAACCGAGUUGGAGGAAAAGCUCCAGGUCGUACUGAGGAAACUGCUCGAAGCCGAUGAUGGCAAGAAGCAGACCGAGCGCGAGAUCCGGGCCAAGGAAUUAAUCUCUACUCUGAAGCGCAUCUUCCCCGGUGUCAAGGGCCGUGUCAGCGAUCUCUGCCGACCAAAGCAGAAGAAGUAUUCCGAUGCUGUCAGCACUGUGCUGGGUCGACACUUCGAUGCCAUCGUUGUUGAUAACGAAAGGACCGCAAAAGAGUGCAUCCAGCACCUGCGUGACCAACGCGCAGGACAGGCUACUUUCAUCCCACUUGAGACUAUUCAAGUCAAGGCAUUCAACUCCAACCUGAAGGGCAUGCACCGAGGUAUGCGUCCUGCGAUUGAGACUGUCGACUACGAUGAAUCGGUUUCCCGUGCGAUUGUUUAUGCCUGUGGAAACUCCAUUGUUUGCGAUGACUUGGCGACAGCGAAGUAUCUCUGCUACGAAAAAAAUGUCGAUGCUAAGGCGGUCACCCUGGACGGCACCGUUAUUCACAAGGGUGGUCUCAUGACUGGUGGACGUGGUCCACAGCAAAAUUCCAAGCGCUGGGAGGAUUCCGAGGUGGAGAACUUGUAUAAACUCAAGGAGAAGCUGAUGAACGAUCUCGGCAAUCUCCCCAAGAGUCACCGCCGAGGCUCGGAGGAAGAAACCCUGCAGGGAGAGCUUGUCGGCCUCGAGCAGCGUCUUUCCUAUUCCCGCGAGGAGUUGAAGAGUCUUGAGAGGAACAUUGAGAGCAAGCGCAGCCAGCUUGAUUUCACCAAGAGCCAGAUGGAGGACCUGCGCCCCAAGUAUGCAGAGCGCAAGGAGAAUCUUGACGAGCUGGAUGAGACUAUCGAGACGUCACAGGCCUCCGUCAUUACGGUCGAGGAUGAGAUCUACCGCAAGUUCUGCAAGCGUCUAGGAUACGAUGAUAUCCGAGAAUACGAGGCCCAACAAGGCUCUCUGCAGGAAGAGGCUGCGCAGAAGAAGCUGGAAUUUACCACGCAAAAGAGUCGUAUUGAGAACCAGCUCAGCUUCGAGAAGCAGCGUAUUCAGGCAACAGAGGACCGUAUCAAUGGCCUGAAGGCCCAGUACGAGCGUGAUCAGAGUCUCAUUGAAGAGCUGCAAAGUCAACAGGAGGAAAUCCGCAAUCAGCUCGAUGAGUUCAAUGCUGAACUUGAACUUCUCCGCGAGGCCCUCGAGGAGCAGAAGAACCUCUAUGCGCAAUCCGCCGAGAAAUUGAACGAGCAGAGGCGCGAACUUCAGAAGCGUAGCAAGCACGUUGAGGCAGCAUUGAAGAAUGUCAACGCACUUGAAGCCGAGAUCCAGAGGAACUCUUCUAGUCGUUAUGCUCUUCUGCGUCGCUGCAAGCUUGAGGAUAUCGACAUUCCCUUGACCGACUCUUCAAACGCGCUUGACAAGCUUCCUAUUGAUGAUCUUGUGCAAGCUGCUGACCCCGAUGCCAUGGAUCUGGAUGAGGGUGAAGGACUGGAAGAUGCUCCUGUGGUGCACGACUAUGGCAUUGAGGUUGACUUCGAGUCUCUUGGAGAGAGUCUUAAAGAGGAGGCCGAUGACAAGCUCGAGGAUGAACUGCUUGAGAAGGUUCGUGUUCUCAACAGUGACUUAGACAAGAUGGCACCCAAUGCCCGUGCCAUGGAGCGUCUUGAGAGCGUCGAGAACAAGCUUCGAAGCACUGAGAAGGACUUUGAAGAUGCACGGAAGUCUGCACGCAAAGCCAAGGAUGAGUUUGAGUCCGUGAUGAAACAGCGUUCCGAUCUCUUCAACAAGGCCUUUGCGCAUAUUUCCGAGCAGAUCGGCCCGAUCUACCGUGAACUCACACGCAGUGCCAACUAUCCGUUAGGUGGACAAGCGUACCUGGAUAUUGAGGAUUCUGAUGAACCCUACCUUGACGGCAUCAAGUACCACGCCAUGCCUCCCCUCAAGCGUUUCCGAGACAUGGAACACCUUUCCGGUGGCGAAAAGACCAUGGCCGCGCUCGCUCUGCUGUUCGCUAUCCACUCGUACCAGCCAUCUCCCUUCUUCGUACUAGACGAGGUUGACGCAGCCCUCGACAAUACCAACGUUGCCCGGAUUGCCAACUAUAUCCAUGACCACGCUGCACCUGGCAUGCAAUUCAUCGUGAUCAGUUUGAAGACAGGUCUGUUCCAGAACAGUGAGGCCCUCGUCGGUAUCUUCAGGGACCAGGUUGAGAACAGCAGCAAAUCGUUGACCCUUGAUCUUCGGAAGUAUACCUAA